AUGCGCCUGGUGCGCUACGCAUCCAUGGUCGUCGGGCUCGGGCGUCGACCCGCUCAUGUUCGGAGUUCCAGGAUGCUUGUGCGGCAGUGCUGCGAGUACGGGACUGUCAUCGCGGACUUCAGCCCCUCGGCGUUCCACCUGAGGCAAUUUCGUCGCGGCGGUUGGACCUCAGGCGCGGGCUGCUGCUGCAGUAUGGCUUCGAAGUGCUCCACGGAGCGCCCCACAUGCGGUCCCUUCGUUCGGCAAUACGGUGGGUGGAGGCUCGUUGCAUUUUCUCGGGUGGCGUUCGACAUCAGCAGUGGCGACAUCGGCGGGGUGUCUCAGUGGGGGGCUCUUCACCUUGAACCCUGGAGCGGCUGA